AUGCCCCGUGGGCAGAAGAGUAAGAACCGAGCUCGUAAGAAACGUCACCAGGCCCGGACUGAGACCCAGGGUCUUCAUGAUCAGGCCACCACAUCUGGGGGAGAGGAGACCGCCUCCCCCUCCCCUCCUGAUGCAGAGAGUGCUCCCUCAAGUUCGUCUGCCGCUGGCUCCCCCAAGGGGCCUCAGGGAGCCCAAGGCACCACCAGUGCUGCUACAGGUGCUAUACGCAAAAGAUCUGGUGUCGGUGGCAAAGCACGCUCAAGAGCUGGUGCACGUGGAGCACACUCAAAAUCUGGUGUAGAUGCCGAGGGCCAAGUUCAGGAAGGUGAAAAUUCCUCCCAGGCCUCAGCUGCUGCUGGGAGUGCUCGCACAGAUCUUCUGGCCAGAAAGGCAGAGAUGUUACUGCAGUACAUGCUCUAUAAGUAUAAAGUGAGGGAGCUCAUUAAGAGGUCUGAAAUGCUGAAGACAGUCAAUAAAAGGUACAGGGAGCAAUUCCCUGAGAUCCUCAGCAGGGCCUCUGAGCGCAUGGAGCUGGUGUUUGGCCUGGUGCUGAAGGAAGUCAGGCCCAACAGUCACUCCUAUACUCUGGUGAGCAACCUAGAUCUUGGCGACAGUGAGUCUAUGAGAGGUGAUUGGGGGCUGCCGAGGAAUGGUCUUCUGAUGCCUCUGCUAGGUGUCAUCUACCUGAAUGGCAACCAUGCCCCUGAAGAGAAGAUCUGGAAGUUCCUGAAUAUGCUGGGCAUCUAUGAUGGAAGAAAUCACUUCAUCUUUGGAGAGCCCAGGAAGCUCAUCACAGAAGAUAUGGUGCGGGAAGAGUUCCUGGAGUACCGCCAGGUGCCCGGCAGCGAUCCCCCUCGCUAUGAGUUCCUGUGGGGUCCUAAAGCGCUCGCAGAAUCUGGCAAGACGAAAGUCCUGGAGUUUUUGGCCAAGGUCAACAGUACCAUCCCCAGUGCUUUCCCAUUCCAUUAUGAAGAGGCUUUGAAAGAUGAGGAAGAGAGAGCCAAAGCCAGAUCUGCAGCCAGGGCUCGUGGUGCUGCUAAGGCCAUUGCCCACUCCAAGGCCCCACCCAGCAAUCCGUCCAGCCCCCAGUGA